UUCUCACGUGUUGGCCUCCUUUGGCUGGUUCCCAGAUUCCCAUCCUACUCUCUCUCUCUCUCUCUCUGUCUCCGGAGCUAGACCCGGAGGAGCUUCCUGUUUGUAGGGUUUGCCGCACGGCGAGCGCCGAAAAAAAAAAACGUCCUUCCUCGGUUUAUCUGACGCGGCGGCGACAGCGGCAGCGCCACCACCUUCCACUAUGGCGGCGUUGACUUCCCCCGCGGCCGACUCGGGCAGGGACGAACUCGUCGAUCUGAUCCAGAGGUUCGUGGAAUCGCUCGCGGAGGUGUGCGAACGUCUUCCCUUCCACGUCCAUCGCGAGAAGCUUCGUUCCAUCACAACUCUUGCUGCUCUUGCCAUUGCAAUUAUCUUUGCUUGGAAGUUGUCGAGAUCUCCUUCCAACCAUCAAAGAAGGCAACGGAAGCAGCCCGGUCCAUUGCCUGCUCGUGCUAAUGCAAGCUUACAUGCAAACAUGAUCGUGCAAUCUUCAGAAGCUAGCACAUCUUCUGGGGACUUAGGAGUGCAAGAUGUAGCUGAUGAAUUUAUCCCGCCAGUUAAGCUGACCCUGGGGCAAUUAGUAAGGCAAAGACUUUGUGAAGGGAGGAAGGUCACUUGUCGGUUGCUUGGUGUAAUUCUUGAGGAGACUAGUCCAGAGGAGAUCCAGAAGCAUGCAACUGUGAGAUCUUCUGUGCUAGAAGUAUUAUUGGAGAUCGCAAAACACUGUGAUCUUUAUCUCAUGGAAAGGAUUCUCGAUGAUGAAAGCGAGGAAAGGGUUCUGUCAACUUUGAAGGAUGCUGGAGUUUUUACAUCUGGUGGUCUGGUUACUGAUAAGGUUCUCUUUUGCAGCACUGAAAAUGGGUGCUCAUCUUUUGUGCGGCAACUGGAACCUGAUUGGCAUAUUGAUUCAAAUCCUGAGAUCAUAUUCCCAUUGGCUAGGUUCAUCAAAUAUGAACUGUAUAUUUCGCCAAGCAGACCUGAACGUACAGCUUCUAAUGUUUUCACCUCGACAAGCUUGGAGCAGUUCUUUGGUGUUUCAGCUUGAGGCUAAUAUGUAAGUUUUUGAUUAAUAUGCCAUCACAUGUAAAAUUGUUUCCUUCUUAUGUAGUUUUACUUUUAAGGUGUCAUGACCCACAAAAUAUAUUCUUGCAUGCUGACCACCCAACCAGAUGAAGCUGGGACGUGCGCUCCAGUUUGUUAAGUUUUUAUGUCUGAGUGCACAAAAUUUUUGAACUUGAUACUAUAUCAUCUUUAUCCUGCCACCACCAAAAACUAAAAUGAACCAUUUUUGCUUUAGAGGUUCAGAUUCCCUGACUUUCCUGUCAGGAUUAUGUUACAUCAGAUGGUUGUCUUGGUGUUUUGUAGAUUAAAGGUCCAUUGAUCUGAAAGGAUGUUGUCAGAGCUACAAUUUGUAACUUAAAGCGUGUUUGUGGAAGAGCUAAUUUUUCUAUUUUUAAAUAUGCACAACAAAAUUACUACGAGGGUACAAGGCCUAUGAUAUCUGACUUUCCCCUGGGGCCAUUAAUUUUACAUGUGAUGGUGACAUUGGGGUGAUUUGUACUGUAUCCUAUACCGUAGUCUGUAUGGUACUUUAUUGUAAGAUCUAAUGCAGUCUAUUCAGGUUUUCGCUUCA